AUGAAUCUAAUAUUACCAUUAGCACUUCUCAACAAUUCUCUGAUAAAAAGCGAUGCUCUUGUUGCGGUGUCAAUAAGAAGAAGAAGGAUUUUUAUAGAUCUGAUGACCCAAAUGAAAAUGCUACUUGUAAUCGGUAUUAUGAAAGACGUAAGAAUAAAAGAAAAGAAACGAAUUCGAUUUCCAAAAAUGAAAGCCAGCACUGAUAUAACACCAAGUAGUAGUAGCAGUACUUCUACUUCCCAAAUCAAUAGUAGUAUCGAAGAAAUAGAGCUAUUUCCAGAACAAGAAAACACUCUUAAAGACAAUAAAGAUGAAAACUUUGGUAGCAAAGACUAUGGUAAUGAUGAUAGUCCUCUAUAUAGUCUAGACGAAGUUCAAGAAAUUAUAGCCAAAAAAUUUUAUGAAGCGGAGAGUAGUAAUGAAAAUGUAAAUUUUGCACUUGAAAUUGAGCUAGACCAACAACUUCUCGAAAAGUAUAAUCCUGUUGAAAAUGAAAAUAAGUUAGUUGAAGAAAAAAGCUCUACAUCCAACCACGUAUACGAUAUAUCAGAAACAUGUAAUAUAAUAGAAUUAAGACAAGAAAAGCUUUCUCACUAUAAAAAAACAUUUGAUACUGCAUUAGUAUUAUAUGAACGGGAAAUGAAUAAUGAUAAAUUUAUUGAAAAUUUUGAUACCUUAAUGAAGCCAAUUGUCAGAGCUAUUGAUGAGUGUGUACAAGUAUUAAAUGCACACAAACAGCAAAGUACUACAGAGUCAUCUAAUGGAAAACUUUCAUUUUGGCUAUGCUAA